AUGGUUCUGUUCUGCAGACUGAGGACCGCCAUCGUGAUCUUGGGGUUCAACGCUCUUAUCAAAGCCCAAAAUCGAGAGCAAGCACCUCUGGUCGCAGUCGCAGACAAUUCCACCUGCGAGCAACCGUCGUACCAAGUUCAUAUAUUCUCCACAUCGCCACUGGUCAUCUAUUUGACCGACUUCAUAUCGCCUUCCGAGCGUCAACAACUCCAGAGUCUAGCUGCCGACACUUUCACCAAGUCCUCCGUUGUCGACGCCGACGGUCACGCCUCACACCACGCCGUCCGAUCCUCCGAGUCAACAGCCUUGCCGCCUUCAGAGCUUGUCGACUGCCUCCACCAGCGUGCCCUUGCCUUCCAAGGUCUCGACGCUGCCGCUGCUGCACGCCUUGAGCCCCUGCAGCUCGUCCGCUAUAGCGCCGGCGGCCAUUAUCACUUCCACACCGACUGGUUCACGUCGCCAUCUCAGGCUACGGCUUCGCAGGGCGGCAAUCGGGCCACGAGCUUCUUCGCCUACGUCUCGGUCGGCGAAGGUACAAUCGGAGGCGGCACUUCGUUUCCCUUGCUCGAGGCGCCGCGCGAGGGCACGUGGUGUCGCUGGGUAGACUGCGACGCCGAACGCGACAAGGGCGCCGUUUUCCGACCCAUCGAGGGGAGCGCCGUAUUCUGGGAGAAUCUGGGUAAAGAUGGUGCUGGCGACGUGAGGACUCUGCACGCUGGAGAGCCGGUCGUCAUGGGCAGCAAGAUUGGGAUGAAUAUUUGGACACGACAGGCUGCGCUGCGAGAUGCCAUCAGAAGCGGCAAGCCAUAG